UAAGUUAGCUUUUAGUGUUUUACAUAUAAAAAUGUCGCAUAAAUUUAGCCUUAAUGUCCCAUGCCCUGCUCGCAUAAUCAGUGAGCAGCAUACUGGUCCUGUGACCGCUCAGCUGUUGCGCGAUGGUGCAGUUAUUUAAAUUCCUAUUAAAAUCCACAAAAUCGCCUGCGCGUGCCCACUUUCGUUCCAACUUCCUGGACACGUUGCGCUUGACGGUGCGCGGAGGCCAUGGCGGCAAUGGUUUACCCAAAUACGGCGGCGUCGGUGGCCAGGGCGGCUGUGUCUACUUUGUGGCUAAGGAAGGGCUAACGUUGCGCAAGCUGGCACAGAACCUACGGGAUACACGCGUGCAGGCCACCAGCGGCGAAGAUAGCAGCAAAGUGAGCAUCUUCGGGCGACGCGGCGUAGAUCAACGCAUUGAGGUGCCGCUGGGUGUGCAGGUGUACGAUGAGCAGCAAAAGCUGCUGGCCGAUCUAAACGAGGAUGAGGCCAGCUGCAUUGUGGCAGGCGGCGGCACAGGUGGCUGCACGGGCAACAAUUUCCUGGGACGGCCUGGCGAGAGUCGCACAGUGCAUCUGGAUCUCAAGCUGAUAGCGGAUGUGGGUCUGGUGGGCUUUCCCAAUGCCGGCAAGAGCACGCUGUUAAAAGCCAUUUCCAAUGCCAAGCCCAAGAUUGCCGCCUAUCCAUUUACCACAAUACGCCCGCAAAUCGGCACCGUUGAAUACAGCGAUCUGCGCUCCAUCAGCAUCGCCGAUCUGCCAGGUCUGAUAGAAGGCGCUCAUGCCAACUUUGGGAUGGGCCACAAGUUCUUAAAGCACAUUGAACGCACACGUUUGCUGCUAUUCAUGGUGGAUAUAUUUGGCUUUCAGCUGAGUCCGCGGCAUCCGCAUCGAGACUGUCUGAGCAACAUUUAUGCGCUGAACAAGGAACUAGAGCUGUACGAUCCCACGCUGCUGGAGAAGCCCUGCGUGCUGCUGCUCAACAAAAUGGACAAGGAGGGCGCCCAGCAGAUCCUACAAAAUCUAAAGCCAAGCAUUAAUGAUCUAUCCAACGGUCUAGCCGCGUGUCCCGAAGAACUGCGCCCCAGCAGAGUUCUCAAAUUCGAGCACAUUCUGCCCAUUUCAGCCAAAAACUCGGCGCGCAUAACGCAGGUAAAGCAACAGCUGCGCGAAACGCUAGACGGGCUGGCGGAACAGCAUUUGGUAACAGAUAAUCAGCAGCUGAAAGAGCAGCUGCAGCAGCGAGUAGGCGUAAUCGGGCCGAAAAUAACAUAAUAAAAGAAAAAAUUAUGUUCAAA